AUGGCGGAAGUGGAUGAGGGGAAGGGCGUCGACGCCUUUAUCAUCCCGUCGGAAGACCCGCACCAGAGCGAGUACAUGGCGCCGUGCUUCGAGCGCCGCGCGUUCAUCUCGGGCUUCACGGGCUCCGAGGGCACGGCGGUGGUCACGCGCGAGCGCGCACUGCUGUGGACGGACGGGCGCUACUUCCUGCAGGCGGAGCAGCAGCUUCCGCCGGGCUGGGACCUCAUGCGCGCGGGCAUGCCCGGCGUGCCCUCCGUCGCGGACUGGCUGGCGAAAGCUCUCCCCGCGGGCAGCCGAGUGGGGGUGGACCCGGUAAGUGGAAUGGAGGAUGGGAAAAAGGGGCGAGUGGGGGUGGACCCGGUAAGUGGAAUGGAGGAUGGGAAAAAGGGGCGAGUGGGGGUGGACCCGUUUGUGCACUCGGCGGACAACGUGAGGGGCCUGGCGGACACGCUGGCUGCGUCGUCGUCCGUGGUGGUGCCGCUGCUGCGCGAGAGCAACCCCAUUGACGUUGUUUGGGGCGCUGAGGUCAGUGGGGAGAAGGGGAGGGAGGGCCUGUGGGGGCCGCAGAGGUGGCGGCCCCCGCCCCCCUCAGCCCCCAUGAGGGUGCACCCGAUCGAGUUCGCAGGGCAGACGGUGAGGGCGAAGCUGCAGCAGCUGCGGGCGGAGAUGAGAGACGCCGGUGCCACGGCGCUGCUGGUGUUGGCUCUGGAUGAAGUCGCCUGGCUGCUCAACGUGCGUGGAGCAGACGUGCCACACUGUCCGGUGACAGUGGCAUAUGCAGUGGUGGAGGCGGAAGCAGCGCACCUCUUUGUGGACCCCAGCAAGGUGGCAGCGCCUGCUGUCUUAGAGCAUCUGGCAGCAGCAGGCGUGUCUGUCAAGCCAUAUGGAGACCUCGUUCCCUUCCUCCAAAGGUACGUGCGUUUUCCGUCCGCCUGCAGAGGGGGCGCACCUCUUUGUGGAUCCGGGCUCGCCUGUGGCCGGACCCUCCCUCCGCCUCCUCUGCAGUGCUCUGCUCUGUUGAAGCUGCCUGCGCUCAGUACUACGAGCAGCGAACCUCAACCUUCUGUUCCCUUCCCUCCCCUCUCCGCCCUCUCAGGUCUGCGAUGGAAGGGGCUCGCCUGUGGCUGGACCCUGCCUCCGCCUCCUCUGCAGUGCUCUGCUCUGUUGAAGCCGCCUACACUCAGUACUACGAAUAGAGAGCGUCAGGGAAGGGAGGGUUUGAGGGAAAGAAGGGGAAAGAAGGGCGAGAAGGGGGAGAAAAAGAGCAAGGAGGGGAAGGGAGGGAAGGGGAAGGAGGAGCGAGGGGGAGCAGGCGGGGAGGAAGUGGAAGGGCCGGCAGUGCUCAGCCGAACCACCCCCAUCUCUCUGGCCAAGGCGCUGAAGAACGAGUCUGAGAUUGAGGGGAUGAAGAACGCGCACAUUAGGGAUGCGGUGGCAAUGGCGCAUUUCUGGGAGUGGGCGGAUAGGGCGGUGGUGGAGGAGGGGAGGGCGGUGACAGAGGUGGAGGUGGGGGAGAGGCUCGAGGCGUUCCGUGCACAGCAGGAGGGGUUCCUUGAUACCAGCUUUGAUACCAUUGCAGGUCCGGGCAAGAACGGGGCGAUCAUUCACUACCGGGCUGAGGAGGACAACUGUGCGGUGGAUCCUUCCAGGAUGCUUCUGCUGGAUAGCGGAGCACAGUAUGUGGACGACACAACAGACAUCACGCGCACUGUUCACUUCGGGACCCCUUCGGACUAUGAGAAGGAGUGCUACACAGGCGUGCUGCAGGUGAGGAAGAGUGCUGUCGGGUGGGCCAAAUCACGCUGGACCGUGCAGUGUUCCCCCAGGGAACGCCAAGUUUUGCUCUUGACAUUCUCGCGCGAAGCCCCCGUGUGGGGCAUGGGGCUGGACUACCGGCACGGCGCGGGGCACGGCGUGGGCGCUGGGCUGAACGUGCACGAGGGGCCGCAGAGCAUCAGCCCUCGGUUUGGCAACCCGACUCCGCUGCAGGCAGGCAUGGUUGUUAGCAAUGAGCCGGGGUUCUACCACGACAACCAGAUUGGGAUUAGGAUUGAGAACCUUCUUGUGGUGAGGGAGCAGCAGACGCAGUGUCGAUUUGAUGGCACAACGUAUCUGGGAUUCGAGUGCCUCACGCUCUUUCCAAUCCAGAAAAAGCUAGUGAGUGUGGAGCUGCUGAGCGAGGCAGAGGUCAAGUGGAUUAACGACUAUCAAGUCGACUCACAUGCUCCCUUCACCCCCCUCCCCCCUCCCCUUCCCAUGGCUGCAGACGAAGCUAGUGAGUGUGGAGCUGCUGAGCAGCGCAGAGGGGCACCCCUGCAGUGGUUACAGCGUAACGCUCAGCCCAUCUCGCGAAACCAGGCCCCACAAAAACCUGCAGCGGCUAGAGGGGCAAAAGCAGGAGCCAAAGGAGGAGCUAAGGCAGCAGCCAAGGCCGAUGCAGCCAGCUAA